UCGGGGCUGACCAGCACGCCCUCGUGACAAUCAGCUGACAGAAGAUGAGCCGUCAGUAGGUCCUUCAACAACAGUUACCAUAGAAACCACCCCACAAACCAUGCUUAAGCUACGUUUCUAACAUUGUAGUUAAAUGCGUUUAUCAGGGCACCGCCAAAAGUAGUCUAACGUAUUAGCUAGAUAGAUAUAUCAUUAGUACACACUUUAGCAGUAGUAUUGCCAGAAUGGCUCAUACGAGAACUUAUCGCACAAAUGUGAGAAUCGGAAACUGGAACGAGGACCUGCACUUAGAGGAGGAUGCAAUGAAAGAGUAUCUGGAGAAAAAAGAGAGGGGUGAGCUUACUGCCCAGAAAGUAGACUUCCUCAAACAGAACAUUUUGACACCGGUGAAUCUUACUGUGACAAAUGAUGGAAUAUUGCACUUUGGGGAUGUUGUGAUGUUGGUGAACAUGGGAGGAAAAAAGAUGGAGUGCAGUGCACUGAGCAUUAACGCAGACAUUAACAGUUUGACGAGGAUUCCUGCGCCCAGCAUUCAAGCCCCCUGUGGAGUCAGUGCAGGGAAAGGCAUUCAGGCCAGCAAGCGCACUGCCUUCGUCAUUACCAGUGUAGAUGGCAGUCCUGAAGGAUCAGCUCUGCAUUUUGAGCAGAGUUUUGCCCUGAAAACAACAAGUGGCGUUGCUGGGGGGCUUUACUUGACAAGUGACCUGCGAAGUUUUCAAAAGUGUGCAAAGAUGUCCCGGUUACAAGAAGUAAACCUGGACAACGGCAGUUCCUUCCUGUCGUGGUGGAAGAUAAUUCACUUUGACCCCCAGGAGAGGCUUGAAUAUGAGGGUCAGCCUGUCCCUGCUAAUGUGAGUGUGUUGAUAAUACACUGCAAGACAAACCAGGCUCUUGCUGUUCUGGGUGAUCACGUCCUUUGGACCACUUAUGGCAAAGAGUACGAGAUAACGGCUCACACUUUCCUGGACUCCCACAAAGCCGAGCAGGAGAACAACCACUGGACACUGUGCACCUGUGACCCUGCAGGCAACGGGAUCCUACUUCCCAACCAACCACAGUCAGCAUUCAACAACAAGGAGCUCACACAGGCAAACCCUGGCAUCUAAAUCUAACACUAUCCACUCUCAUGCUAUAACAUGUACAAUUAGGGCAGAAAGAUACCACAUCAUUUACAACACCUAACCUUUGUUUUUUUAAAUAAAGUUUUUUUUUCUUCU